AUGGAGCGCAGGCGGGUGGCAUCAGCACCGCACUGUUGGGGACCCUGGAUCCUGUGGCUGCUGCCGGCGCUGGCGGGGGGUCAGCACCUGCCAGGGGGGGACAAGGAGGUGACGGUGACGGGCGUGCGGGGCCGAGCGGUGGAGCUGAGCUGCGGGACGGGGCCGGUGGAGCCGAGCGUUGUGUUUUGGAGCUUCGCGCCGGGGGCGACGUGGCCGCUCGUGACCACCGGGCCACCCCGGGCGGUGGCCGCGAGCCAGGGCAGGGAGGUGAUGGUGGCCCCCGGCGCGGGGACACUGGGGCGGGUGACGCUGCGAGCAGGGACGCUGGAGCUACGGGAGCUGCGGGCGGGAGCCCAGGGCCGGUUCCUGUGCCAGGGGCUGUUCCCCGAGCGCGGGCGGCAGCGCCUGGGCUACCACAGCGUCCUGCUGCGCGUCCUCGUGCCAGUCUCCAAGCCCUUCGUGCAGCCAUCGGCGGCGGCGGUGGCCGAGGGGACAGCGGUGGCCCUGAGCUGCGCCGUUCGGGAGGGGACAGAGCCACUGAGCUUCUCCUGGCAGCACCGUGAACCCCGGGGAGGUCCCUCGGUGUCACCUCCCCUGGGGACAGUGGGCGCCAGGGCGGAGCUGAACCUGGCGCCGGCCAAUCGGAGCCACCUGGGCUGGUACGUCUGCACCGUGGGCAACCAGGUCAACAGCCAGGCCAGCGAGCCCAUCUACCUGGACAUCGUCUAUGGCCCCGACGCGCCAGCCAUCACAGUGGAGCCCUUCUCCCCUGAGACCGGGGGCUUCUCGGCGGGCGAGCGGGAGGACGUGGUGCUGAGCUGCCGGGCGCCCUCCAACCCCCCCAGCCGCUACGUCUGGCUCCACAAUGGCUCGCAGGUCCACGUUGGCCAAACCUACGUCAUGGCGGCCAUCGCCCGCGCCCAGGCUGGCACCUACACCUGCCUGGCCGAGAACCCCCACCUGCAGACUCGCACCCAGGCCAGCGUGGUCCUCACCGUCUACUACCCCCCCGCCGGCAGCCCCAGCUGCUCCGCCACGGCCACCACCGACCUGCGGGCUGUGGCCCUGCGCUGCCACUGGCCUGGGGGCUUCCCACUGGCAGAGCUGCGCUGGGUGGGCCUCGUGCCCCCCGGGGACAACGAGGAGGUGACAGGGACAAGCGUCUCCAUGGCCACCAGCAUCCAGCCCGGGGCAGCCACCAGCAACGGCAGCUCCUUCUCCUGCCUGGCAUCCCACCCGGCGCUGCCGCGAGGGGCCGUGUGUGGCAUCACCCUCUGGGUCCCAGCCGGCGGCCCCUCCUGCGUGGUGGCGGCCACCAAGGGUGACGAGUACGUGAUGCUGCGGUGCCGCUGGGAGGGGGGGACACCAGCGGUCACCCUGCGCUGGCGGGACGCCGGGGGACACUUUUUGGGGGACCCCUCGCCUUCCGUCGCUGUCCUGGUGCUGAGCACUGGCGGCAGCUUGCGGGGUCGUGAUUUCAUCUGCGCCGCCGCACACCCACUCCGGGCCGGUGGCGCUGAGUGCCGCCUGCGCUUGGGUAAGCCCCGUUUGUCCCCACUGCCCCAUGCCCUGUCACUGUGGGAGCACGUCCCUAUUGUCCCCAAUUUCUCAGACGUCCCCGUGCUGGAGGCAGAGAGCAGUGAGGUGGUGGUGCUGGAGGGCGACGAGGCGCGGCUGGCAUGCCGGCGGCACGGUGGGGACAAUUUGGGCGCCACCAUGGCAUGGUACGACCCCAGGGAGCAGGAGGUGACAGCGGGGAUGGCCACCAAGUACCAUUUAGAGAGGGGUCGAACGUGGCUCAACCUCACGGUCGCCGACGCCGAGUGGCCGCGGGACGCCGGCACCUACCGCUGCGCCGCCGCCAACACCGUGGGCAGCGCCAGCCUCGCCGUGCGCCUGCGCGUGGAACGGUACCCGGCACCCCCCAACGUCACCAUCAGCAAGCUGCGGUACACACGGGCGCGCACCGAGGUGCGGCUCCAGUGGCGGACACACGGCACUGGGAAUCUCACCGGCUUUGUGGUGCAGCGGCGCCCGGCCAAGAAACUGCCCCGGCGGGUGGCCGGGCUCUGGGAAACGGCCGCCGGUGACAUCGAGCCUGAGUCCCGUGACCGGCGCCUGGGCGGGCUGGACCCGGCAGUGCUCUACGCUUUUCGGGUGCUGGCCGUCAACCACCGCACGGCCGGGCACCCCUCGGAGGUGCAGACGCCAGCUGAGCCGCCCUUUGAGGCCUACCCAGCGGUGACGGGCGCGGCGGUGGUGGGGAUGCUGGUGGCCACCGCCGCAACCCUCCUGGCUGCACACUGCGUCGCCCGGCACCGCAACGCCCUCCCACGGCCGGUGCGCAGGAGCCGGUUGGUGUGCCGGAUGACGCCGAAACUGCGGCGAGGACGGAGGAUGGAGCUGGAGCGGCAUCGGGUAACGGCACCCGUGGGCUGA